AUAUUUAAAUUUAAAGAGAGGGAAGUUUACUAAAUUCAUUCAGCAAGUGACCUCACUAUGAUAUCACUGUCAUUGCUGUAUUCUGCUUUGAGAACAAGACUAGGGAUGGAGAGAGACAGAGAAGCACGAUGGCUGAAAUCAGAUGGGUAAAAAUACUUCAUUCCUGAUACUGAUGAUUCAAUUUAAAGGGAUGCACCUCCUGAAGACAUUUGCUAAAGUUGUGAUGAGGAAGUGAUAUCUGAUGAAUAACAGGAAGUACAAACAGUGUUAAAGAGUCAUCAGCUCACAGACUGUGACAGCUGAGGUCAAGAACAAGAAAGAAGUGAGACAGAGAAGAACAAUGGAUGGACUCAGACUGAUUAAAAUGUUUUUAUGUCUGAUGCUGAUGAUUCAGAUUGCAGAAUUCUCAACAGUAUCUGUAAGUGAAACCACCAUUUUUAUGGAAGUUGGAGAUGACGUCACUCUGCCUUGUCUAAAUGUGAUAGAUGACCAGAGAAACUGCGAUGGUACUACGUGGACCUUUGCUUCAAGAAACAGAACACCAAUAGAAGUGAUCAGCUUUGGACAGAUUGGUGAAAAAGCCAAAAAUGCAUCAGACAGACUGAGUGUUACAGCGAACUGUUCUCUGGUUAUAAAGACUCUCACAGUCGAGGAUGUAGGUUUUUACUACUGUAAACAAUACGAAUCGGAAAACCACAGACACAAAAGUCUGGUUAGCGAGUCUUUGGUUGAUCUCUCUGUACUCACCUUGACUGAACAUGAGGACAAUGAUAAGGUGACAAUAAAUUGCUCUGUGGUGACAUAUGAAAUGUGUCAUCACACAGUGAAGUGCCUGUUUAAAGGUCGAGCUGUGGACAGAGAUAACAGUCAAAUAGUGACUUUACAGACUGGCUGCUCCACCACUGUCUCUUUGCUCAAGUCUCACCAUGUUUACUCAUCAAGAGAUUACCUUUUGGACUGUGAAGUGAAUGAUACUUAUACAGAAGGGAAGCUGUUUACCUUCAGACCUCAGCUAUCAGGUGACAGACAAAGGACAAAUAAUCCAACCAGAAAUCCAGCAGGCUACAGUCAGUCCAAUACCCAAGCUAUCCAUUGGUACGUCGUUGCAGCUGUGGGUUUUGUCUUGCUCUUGAUAACAGCUGCAUCUGUUAUCAGAUGGAGAAAAACAAAAGCGAACAAAACACAGACGGAUGAAGAUACUGUAGAUCAUGAAGUUUCCUAUGCCACCAUCAGCUACAGAAAGAAAACCAAGACUAAAGCCCAGGUUCAGGGUGAUGAUGAAGGUGAUGCAGUGAUCUACAGUGUUUUGAUGGUUUCUUCAUCUCCUGCAGCCACUGCCAAUCCCAGCAACCCACAAUAAAAAAGAAAAUAGAGAAAAUGACAAAAGGAUUUGACCUUUUUUAAAAAAAAAAAAAAAAAAUGUAAUUGGUGUGUGACUAGAGACUGUUGAAUAGAAAGCAUAAAACUAUUAUAGCAAAUGCUGGGAGUCAGUCGAGAAUCAAGGCUAUCCUUGGGUCAUUCCUACUAUUCAGUGUCAUUUCGAGAUACAUUUCUAAUUUUCCAUAAUUUUAUCAUGUGAUCUGAAAGAAUGCUUGUUAAACUUUUAGAGAAAUACACUGGUCAAGCUCAGAAUAUUAAUAUAUUUUUCCAGGUUUUCCACAUGUGAUGCAGGCCAAACAUCCCACCUGUUACGGUACAAUCUUAUCUCUGUUACUCUGUUAUUAAUGUACAGUCACUUUUCUAUUUACAUUUCCUAAGAGCUAAAAUGUCCCUGUGUUUACUCUGCAAAUGUAUUUCAGGGGAGUGCUAAUAAAAACGUAUU